AUGGACUAUAGGACAGGACUGCUGCUUCUGACUGUCUGCUGGACAGGUGGAGAUCAUCACUAAUCUGAGUUGGACUUUUUCACCUCAUGACAACAAACUCACUUCAAUCUGUUGGUUUUUUUCUUCUGUCUUUUCAGGUGUUGGUGGUCAGACUCUGACUGAAUCUGAGCCGGUGGUUAAACGUCCUGGAGAAUCCCACAGACUGACCUGUACAGCCUCUGGAUUCACAUUCAGUGGCAGCUGGAUGGCCUGGGUCAGACAGGCUCCUGGAAAAGGACUGGACUGGAUCUCUCUGAUCAGAUAUGACAGUAAUGAGAUCUACUACUCUGAGUCAGUUAGAGGCCGGUUCACCAUCUCCAGAGACAACAGCAGACAGCAGCUGUAUCUGCAGAUGAACAGUCUGAAGACUGAAGACUCUGCUGUUUAUUACUGUGUACGGAGACCCACAACAACACAAACCAUCUGUAGAGCUGAACAAAAACCCCUCAGAGCCUGAACACCUGUGACAUGAAGCCACCAGAGGAGGAGCCCUCAGACCAACAAUCAUUUCUACAUCAGCUUUUAAUGACAGAAACUGUCUUUAAAUGAGGUUUAAAUAUCAAAUAUACAAACUAUAUAGCUCCUCCACAGGGUAAAGUCUGGGUAUUAUCCUUGACAGCUCUCUAUCAUUCCAAGCUCACAUCAGUAAUAUUACUCUGUCUGCAUGUUUCAACUCUGCAACAUCAACCCCCACUCCACCCCCCAACCCCCAUACCACUUCUAUCCUGGUCCACAGCCUUCCCACUGAGCAACAGACGGCUAUUAGACAUCUAGUAUUUUUUAGACCUAAUUUCAACCGUCUAGAGUCUGUAUACUUUUAGACAGAAUUUAUACGUUGCACUUUAACCCAUUAUUUGAUAACGAUUUUUUUCAAAAAGCAACUGUGAGUUUCAUAACUGAUCUCCAAGUAUUUAACCAAAAUAAUUAUGAUAGCCGUCAAGCAAUAUACAGUUAUACCUCUGUUGGCCAGCUAGUCUUAAACUUGGUGUAAAUUUAGACGUCUAAAAACUUUCAUUUUUAGACCUGUGGUAGCCUGAUUUUAGACCAUUCGUCUAGGCUACAUUUAGACGUCUAUUAGACCUCUUUUAGACCAAAAAAUGCUCGGUGGGUUGUUACCUCCUGUAUUGAUUACUGUGACUCUGGUCUUCCUCACAAAUCUCUCCAUAAACUAAAACUGGUUCAGAACUCAGCUGCUCCUAUCGUCAACAAAACACCUUUAUGCUUUUAAAUAAAAUGUAUUAUUAAAAAAAGACAUAUGGGUGACUUGUAUAUAUACAAAUAUGCAAAAAAAUUAAGGGGAACAAAAGAGGUCCACACUCAUUUAGUCUCUGAGAGGAGGAGUCAAUGCAAAGUCAGCCGUCUUCCUCCUCU